AUGGCAUUGGAUCCAGAUUAUGCAAUCACUCUUUUCUGGGAUGCAGAAAACACGACUGUUGAUCCUAAAAAGAUGGAAAGAUUGUUACCCAACAUUGAAGGCUCCCUUAAAAGGGCAGACCCGAGGUACCAUAUCACUGAACUGAAGUUUGUAGUCUGUAACAAGGGUCAUGAUUUUGUCAAGAUGAAAUGA